AUGUCGACCGCAUCCUUUGAGGUUGUUGAGGUUGAGUCCAACGAUGGAGCGAGCGAGGUUGGUCUCUCCAAGGCGCACAGUUUCCAUAAAGUCCUGCAGAAGAGCGACGUGAACGACGCCCAGCAGUUCAUCGAAGGCCUUCGAGGUGGAGUCGAUCCUUUCAAGACUGACCUGGCACACAGCCUACAGAACGUUGGACACCGAGUUAUGGGGCAGUUUCUGCAACUGCAACAAAGUCUUACGGAAAGGCUCCAGGUUCUCUGUGAAACAGCUGAGCAAAGCCGUGACGUUCUAGGUGCCCGAACCGCUCGUCUGCUCGAACGCUCAGAGCUUGCAGAGCCGGACAGGGUCAAGAUCAAGGAGGCCAUCUCGGAGAUGGAGAAGGGGCUCUUCCAAGAUGAGCUCUUCCUUAACUUUCGUGCUCUUGUGCGGGAGUGUGAGAAAGACUUCAGUGAUCACCAAAACGGGUAUGAUCAGUCCAUAAGCCAGCAGGAGAGCAAGCUACGCGAUCGUCAUCUCUGGGCAGAGCGUUUCACCAACCUCUAUGCAGUUUGGUGGUUUAUGGAUGCCGAGAAGGUAUCCAAAGAUGUGCCCUAUGUUCUCCUGACAUGUUUUGCACUGGGAUCUGUCAGUGUUAAACUUCCUGGACCGCUACGUGCGCUUGUGCCAGUGUGUGGUCUCGCCAGUGCCGCCAUCUGGUCUUUCAAGAUGUGCAAGUUUGGGAAGCGCACAGACUUUGACUUCGUGCAGCAAGAGACCGAGGUCAUUCUGAACAACGUCAGGGACUUCAAGCGCUUGGGCUCGAACAUCUCCCGAUUCUACCAGGAGCUCAAGAAGGACAUCGAGAUCAUCGAGUCACACCGGGCCAAGUUCAGGCAGCUGAGACAACAGGUCGAUUUCUUGGCGGUGUCGGACCAGGAUGUGAAGAGUUGGGAUGCAGAGACACUGAGUGUUGCGUUGCAUGGCUGGAAUUUGCCAGACUGCGCAGAAACAUUCUUCGAGAACGGCAUCUCUGGCUAUGCCUUCUGCAACGAUCUGAACGAGCAGGACUUCAAGAACAUGGGCAUUGAGAAUGACUUGAAGUUGCGCAGACUCAAGAACCUGCAGGCCGACGCCAAGGAAGGGAAGCAGGAGUUUAUCCGCCCGGACGCCAAGGUUGCCGCAGGGAGCUUGAAGAAGGCUGUGCAGGACGAAAGCCAAGUACUGCCGAUCAUGAGAGCGGGCUAG